AUAUGUAGAAACCAAGAAACAAAGACACAAGCACCGAUACAGGAUUUAAUGAAACAGAGAAAGAAGCAAAGAGUGAUGGAAAGAGAGAAAGGAGGAUAGAAGUCGAUGAAGGAGAAUCAAACUACAACCCCCACAAUCCUCUUGCGGCUUCCGUCGCUAACCCCGCGGUCUCCAAGGCAACCGGGACUAAACAAGAUGGCCGCCUCCGGGACCGUAUCCCGGUGACACGUUUCUCCAUCCCUGGGACUCCCUUGGGGAGUCUUUCUCACCAGCCUGAAUCAUGUCGUCCCAGGAGCUGAGAGUAAAUCACUCUUCGACGACUACCAGUUUCCCUUUGGGGCAAAAGCUGCCAAGCGGCUACUCCAGCGUCUCCUUCUUCCUCCAGCAACUCUUCCGCAAUGAUCCUUCGUUUCGUUUAGGCUUCGACGAAGACGAAGCCGAGGAAGACGAGGACAACGUGGAGGCUGAGGAGGAAUCAUCCCAGUCUGAAGAGGAGAUGCCCGUGGUGGAGAAUGAGUUUGAUGGAGUUCUCAGAGAAGAACCAGUGGCAGAAGCUCUCUCUAAAUUGGGCCGCUCAGGUCCUGGUACUGAGCAAGUCUACCUUAACUUAUCCUUGCCCAACUCUGAUUUAAUAGAUGUUUCCAUUCUUUGUGGGUAUGUUCACCUAGAGAACUUGGACCUGUCACACAAUAAAAUUAAUGAUUUGUCCUGUGUUGGUUUCAUGCCUUAUCUCAUAGAACUCAAUGCUUCUCACAAUGAGUUGACUACAUUCUUCGGUUUCAAGCCACCUAAGAACCUUAAGAAGGUGGAUUUUUCAAACAACAAAAUUCCAGAAAUGAAUGAUUUGUAUGCAUACUCCGGGCUCAGUAAAUUAAUACUGGAUAAUAAUGAAAUAAAGGAUAUCCAAGGACUAGAGAAUUGUGAAAAUCUAACUCAUCUCAGUUUGGCAAAUAACGCAAUCACUAAAAUGACUGGCUUGUGCUCUUUACCAAUCAAAAUACUCUGUCUGAGCAAUAACCAGAUCGAGGAAAUUACUUGUUUGGAGAACCUCAAAGUACUACAGAACUUGGAUUUAUCGGGUAAUAAAAUCAGUAGUUUACAAGGAAUAGAAAAUCAUGACCUUCUGGAAGUCAUCAACCUAGAGGAUAAUAAGAUUGCAGAGUUGAGUGAAAUAAAACACAUUGAAAAUCUGCCACUUCUCCGGGUGCUCAAUCUUUUAAAAAACCCUCUUCAGGAGAAAUCUGACUAUUGGCUCUUUGUCCUUUUCACGUUACCUCGACUAACAGAAUUAGAUCGGAGGAAGAUUAAAGUGGAAGAAAAGGUUGAAGCAGUAAAUAAGUAUAACCCUCCCCCUGAAGUAGUUGCCGUUCAAGAUCAUCUGACCCACAUUGCAUACAGCAUGAUGCAGCCACAGAGGAUCUUUGACAGCACCUUGCCCAGCCUUGACGCUCCUUAUCCCAUGUUGGUGUUAGUUGGCCCACAGUCUGGGGGGAAACGAGAACUUGCUCACCGACUCUGCCGGCAGUUCAGUACUUUCUUCAGAUAUGGCGCCUGUCACACCACAAGACUUCCCUACUUUGGUGAAGGGGACCGAGUUGAUUAUCAUUUUGUUUCUCAGGAAGUUUUUGAGGAAAUGCGAUGUGUGGGAAAAUUUAUUUUGACAUAUCAAUAUAACAAGGACAAUUAUGGACUAAGUAGGGAUACAAUAGAAGGCAUUGCAAGAGAUGGCCUGGCAAGCUGUGUUCAUUUGGAAAUCGAGGGCGUGAGAAGUUUGAAACAUUCCUAUUUUGAGCCUCGAUAUAUCCUGCUAGUGCCAAUGAACAAAGAAAAAUAUGAGGGGAAUUUGCGGAGAAUGGGGCUCUUCAGUCGUUCAGAGAUUGAAUUUUCUGUCUCGAGAGUUGAUUAUUAUAUUGAAAUAAAUCAAGAUUAUCCAGGGUACUUUGAUGCAUUAAUCAAUACAGAUGAUAUAAAUAUUGCAUACCAGAAACUGAGUCAGCUCAUUAGAGAAUACCUUGGUUUGUCUGAACAACUUGCCAAGUCUACACCUAGCACUUCAGAUAUUAAGAAGGAGAUGCUUAACAAGAAAUCACCAGACAAUGAAGAAUAUUUCUGGCACCUUUCUUCGAAUGCUCUUUUUACGGAAUUUCUGGACUCCACAGACAGAAAUUAUGUUAUUAGCAUAUCAGCCAAACUUUCAGCAGAAGAAAUACCAGCGGAAAUCAUUUCUAUGCAGAAACGUCGUGAUGCAGCUCGGCAGGCCCUAAUGGGAAAGAUUCCCCCAGAUUACACUACCCUGUUUCAAAGGGGUCCAGUACCAACUCCAUUAUCAGCCAUCACUAAUCUGGACAGAAUUUCACCUACAAGGGUGUGGGCUAAAACUAUGUUUAGUGAGGAUAGUUACCUUUCUCCUCCACCUUGCUUUCCUGAAGGAAUCAGUUACACAGAGUCAUUUAUUCUGUCUAAAGCUCCUACAUUAACAACAUUGGCUCAUUUUCCUAAAGAGACAACUUACAUGACUUUGGACUCCCAAAGUCCUAUAAAAGGAACUCUAUCAAAAGCUUAUCUUGCAGUAGAUACAACAAAAGAACAUUUUACAGCUAAAUCUUCACUUGAAAUGCCUGAUAAAAAGGGCAAAUUAAAACUCAUCGGACAUCAACCCAUCACCCAGACAGGUGCCAACACCAAAAUUGUCCUCCCUCCCAUACCACAAUGCCGAAAAUAGUCCAGUGCUUAAUGUCUGCCUUCAAGAGGAAAAAAAUGCUUCACUCGUGCAAGCCCUCUAUCUAACCUGGCUACUGAUUCUAACUUUAUCUUUCCCAACCAGAUGCCUACAAAAGAAUACUCCAUGGGCCUUUAGUACUCUCAAUCAGUCUCUUUAUAACUCUCUUGAAUAGCUUCUGUCUUUUCAAAAGAAAAAUGUGAUUUAUUUUUAGCUUCAAAAAAUGACAUUUCAGUUUUCUCCAUAGCUAUAAAUGAUUUUCCCAGCUGUUUCUUGCUUUGAAAUGUCACAGGGAGCAGAAAUCUCCCAAGAUCCAUGUGAUGAUAUGUUCAUGGUGAUUUUAAAAUAUUUUUAGUACUAAGCUGGGGGCCAGCCUGAAAAUUUUCCACUUGCCACUUUGUAAUAUUGGUAGAUAUUCUAUCAUGAAUUAUCAUAGUGUUUAUAAGGUAAGAAAGGAUUGGGGAAUUACACAUUAUUUGUGGCUAAAAGGCACCAACUGUCUCUUUCAAAGGAAAUCACCUUUAUGUAAAAAGUCUACAUUUAAAAAGCAUGAAUGUGAAUUUCUUCAAUCUGAUUUUUUAUUUUAAGUUGUAUCUAUUGUUCCCUUGAAUCACGUCAAUGAUAUUAGGGAACAAAGAAAAUAAUGUUACUCCCUUUAGUUUCAGGUUAGGUAUUUCUUGUCAUUGGCUAAAUAUUGUGUUCUAGUAGAAAUGGUUUUACAACUUAUUUUCAUCUUCAUGACUGUUGGAAGCAUGGGGAAACCUUAUCUUUACAGAAAAUCUCUAAGUAGUUACAGAGAGAGUCCAUUGACUUUUGUUUUUCCAGAAGUCUUCUAAAAGUUGUUUUUAAGUCACAAUCAAUUGUUCUUUUUGUAUUCUUGAUUGGAGACUAUCCACUUAAUAUUUAGUCUCCUGUUUCACUUAGAUUUGCAGCUCAAUGGCAUGGAUCCUUCUGGGCUUUGUAAAACAGAUUAUUAUGCUGUCAGCAGUACAUAAGCUUUCAUGACAUGUUUUAAUUUUUCCCCACACCUUGAUUAAACUUCAUGAGUACUGACCAAACUUCUAAGUCAGGUCCAUUAUUUUGACUUAGUUUAUUAUGAUUAAAUCAAAUUAGUGAUACAGAAAACAUGGUAACAGUGCUGGCCUCCAAACAAGAAGAUCCAGGUUCAAAUUCAGUUUAGGACACAGACUAGCUUUGUGAUCCUGGAAGGGCAAAUCCUUUAAUCUCUCAGCGUCCAAGCAGUGCAUUAACAGUCGCAGAAUUUUUGCCAAACAACUUCAGUUGCCUAUCUGAAGUGGUAAAGAAAAAUUCCCUUUCUUAACAUAGCUAUCAGGCUAGGCCCAGAAGUCCAAAUUACACUAAUUCUAGUGUAAUUUUAAAUCUCAUGCUUGGCUACAUUUUCCCAUGAUACAAGUAGUGCCAAAUACCAAAGAAUUUAAAAAUUUAGCUUGUGGAUAAUUGUUUCAGUUCAAAUAAUAGGACAUUCCUUCCACUGAAAAUCUAUUAAACAGUAUUUUACAUAUUUUACCAACAUCAUAAAAAUGGAUGUUCAUGAUGAUGUCCUCAAGACAUAGCAAGCUUCUGAAUGACCUUUACAAAGCAGAGUUGGGCCCAAUAUAAUAUUCCUAUCAGAGUUGUUUCAAAAUGGAAUGAACUGCCUUGUAAAGUAGUGACUUCCCUUUCACAGGAGGUCUUUAAGUCAGGGCUAGAUGACCACUUUUGGAAACAUUAUACAUGGGUAGAAAUCAAACCUUUAAUUUCCCAUAAUUCUGUGUUUCUGAAUAAUCAAAGAGAAAUGAUGAAAUUGUGUUCAAUAUAGUUGCAUUGUUAAAUGGAUUUUUCUAGUCUCCUACUUCUUUGAAAAUUAAACAUCUACAAGUGGUAAUUCA